AUGUCCAAGGUCAACACCACUGAGCGGCUGGCGGAGCUCCGCAAGCUCAUGAAGGAGCGCAAUGUCGAUAUCUACAUGGUACCUUCUGAAGAUAGCCACCAGAGCGAGUACAUUGCCCCGUGCGACGCCCGUCGAGCAUACAUCAGCGGCUUCACUGGCUCAGCCGGCUACGCAGUCAUUACACACGACAAGGCCGCCCUUUCCACCGACGGCCGCUACUUCAACCAGGCCGAGAAGCAGCUGGACAGCAACUGGGAGCUGCUGAAGCAAGGCAUCCAGGACGUGCCUACCAUCCAGGAGUGGACAAUAGACCGAGUGGAAGGGGGCAAGAUCGUCGCCGUAGACCCCAGUGUAGUGACAGCAGUUGACGCCAGGAAGCUGGCCGAGAAGAUCAAGAAGAAGGGUGGCGAAUACAAGGCGGUGGACGAGAACCUCGUCGACGCGGUAUGGAAGGACAGACCGAGCCGGCCAAGCGAGAAGGUCAUUGUACAGCCCAUGGAGUUCUCUGGGAAGAGCUUCGAAGACAAGAUUGCAGAUCUACGGAAAGAGCUCGAGAAGAGGAAGAGCCUGGGCUUUGUCGUCUCUAUGCUGGACGAGGUCGCCUGGCUGUUCAACAUCCGCGGAAGCGACAUCCCGUACAACCCCGUUCUCUUCUCCUACGCUGUCAUCACACCCAGCGCUGCCACACUCUAUGUCGAUGAAAGCAAGCUGCCGCAAGACGUCAAGGACCACCUCGGCGACAAGGUUGAGGUGCGGCCCUACGAGGCUAUCUUUGAAGAUGUUGCAGCACUGAGCAAAGCAUCUUUGGAAGCUCAGAACGAGUCCGAGGCGAAGAAGAAGUUCCUCACCUCCAAUCGAGCAUCAUGGGCGCUGAACAAGGCCUUGGGCGGCGAGGAGAAGGUCGAAGAGGUGCGCAGCCCGGUUGGUGACGCCAAAGCGGUAAAGAAUGAGGUUGAGCUGGAAGGGAUGCGACAGUGUCACAUUCGUGACGGUGCGGCCCUCAGCGAGUACUUUGCAUGGCUAGAGGAUCAAUUGAUCAACAAAAAGGCCACGCUUGACGAAGUAGACGGUGCUGACAAGCUGGAAAGCAUGCGUGCCAAGCACAACGGAUUUAUGGGGCUCUCCUUCGACACCAUAUCAUCGACUGGAGCCAACGCGGCUGUUAUCCACUACAAGCCGGAGAAGGGCGAAUGCGCGAUCAUCGACCCCAAGGCAAUUUACCUUUGCGACUCCGGUGCACAGUACCAGGAUGGCACGACAGACACGACAAGAACCUUGCAUUUUGGUGAGCCGACUGAGAUGGAGCGGAAAGCUUACACGCUUGUACUCAAGGGCAACAUCGCUCUCGAGCGCAUCAAGUUCCCCAAGGGCACAACCGGCUUCGCCAUUGACGCACUUGCCCGCCAGUUCCUCUGGACGGAAGGACUCGACUACCGACACGGAACUGGACACGGUGUUGGAUCUUUCCUGAACGUCCACGAAGGCCCCAUCGGUAUCGGCACAAGGGUGCAAUAUUCUGAAGUCGCUCUGGCUGUCGGCAACGUCAUCUCAGACGAGCCUGGCUACUACGAGGACGGCAAGUUUGGCAUCCGCAUCGAGAACAUGGUCAUGGUCAAGGAAGUUGAGACGAAGCAUCAGUUCGGCGACAAGCCGUAUCUUGGCUUCGAGCAUGUUACUAUGACUCCUCACUGCAGGAACCUGGUCGAUAUGAGCCUGCUCACGGAAGAUGAGAAGAAGUUCAUCAACGAGUAUCACGCGGAGGUCUUUGAGAAGACAAGCGAGUACUUCAAGAACGAUGCUCUGACUCUUGACUGGCUGAAGCGCGAAACGGCGCCAUACUAG